UAUAAACUGACGGUGCGAGAGUGCGAGAACCCGCAUCGAUCUCCGUCUCUGUGCGAUCCGCUCCUGUAGUUUCAGCGGCGGCGGCGUGGACGGCGGCGGCGGCGGCGGGAGGAGAUGGCCGCGGAGACGGAGAGGAAGGACGUGGGUAUUCUCGCCAUGGACAUCUACUUCCCGCCCACCUGCGUCCUCCAGGACGAGCUGGAGACUCAUGAUGGCGUGAGCAAAGGGAAGUACACCAUUGGGCUUGGGCAGGAUAGCAUGGCCUUCUGCACUGAAGUGGAGGACGUUAUUUCAAUGAGCCUGACAGUAGUGAAGUCCCUCCUGGAAAACUAUAAGAUUGAUCCAACAUGUAUCGGACGUUUGGAAGUUGGCAGCGAAACAGUGAUAGACAAAAGCAAGUCCAUAAAAACAUGGCUGAUGCAAAUAUUUGAGGAAUGCGGUAAUACUGACAUUGAAGGAGUUGACUCCUCAAAUGCGUGCUAUGGUGGAACGGCUGCUUUGUUUAAUUGUGUUAAUUGGGUGGAGAGCAACUCAUGGGAUGGGCGCUAUGGACUUGUGGUUUGCACAGACAGUGCGGUUUAUGCUGAAGGACCGGCCCGUCCAACUGGUGGUGCAGCUGCCAUUGCAAUGUUGAUUGGACCAAACGCCCCCAUUUGUUUCGAAAGCAAGUAUAGAGGAUCUCAUAUGGCACAUGUCUAUGACUUCUACAAGCCUGAUCUUGCGAGUGAAUACCCGGUGGUCGAUGGAAAGCUAUCGCAGACAUGCUAUCUCAUGGCAUUAGAUUCCUGCUACAAUGUCUUCUGCAAAAAGUAUGAAAAGUUUGAGGGAAAGCAAUUUUCAGUUCAUGAUGCAGAGUACUUUGUGUUUCACUCCCCGUACAACAAGCUUGUGCAGAAGAGCUUUGCACGUCUAUACUACAAUGAUUUUCUGAGAAAAUGCAGCACGGUCGAUGAAAGCUCAAGAGAAAAACUAGAGACUUAUUCAGGCUUGUCAUCCGAGGAAAGCUACCAGAGUCGAGAACUUGAAAAGGCUUCUCAGCAAGUUGCGAAGAAACUCUAUGAUUCAAAAGUUCAACCAACUACAUUGAUCCCAAAACAACUUGGGAAUAUGUACACGGCAUCGCUUUAUGCUGCUUUGGCAUCAGUUAUUCAUAACAAAAAUGAAACUCUGGCAGGACAGAGGAUUGUCAUGUUCUCAUACGGCAGUGGCUUGACAUCAACAAUGUUCUCCUUCAAGAUCAAUGAAGGCCAGCAUCCAUUCAGCCUAGCAAACAUCGUAAGCAUACUGGAUGUCUCCAAGAAACUCGAGUCCAGGCAUGUGGUUGCGCCGGAGAAGUUCGUGGCGGCGCUGAAGCUGAUGGAGCACCGGUACGGCGCAAAGGAUUUCACGACGAGCCAGGACACGAGCCUGCUCGCUCCAGGCACGUACUACCUCACCCACGUCGACGCCAUGUACCGGAGGUUCUACGCCGUGAAAGGCGCCACUGCACUCUCUCCCGAUGUCGCGCGCGCCGCGCUCCAGGCGCUGGGCAACGCUGCGCUCGCCGGGGAGCAUCACCGCGCCGCCGUCUGGGAGGCGCUCUUCCCUGGACCGCUGCAGGAGCUCGCAGGGGUCAGGGAGAAGGGGGUCCUCGACCCCCUGUGCAUGGUGAUCGACACGUGCUGCUCCGGCGAAGGCGGCCGUGGGAGGGUCGAGGAGCUGUGCCAUGAGGAGUUGGGGCUGCCCAUACUUGUGGAAAUCGUCACUACUGCUUGGCAAGCGGGGCAUGAUGAAGAAUGGUUAGAAUGGCUUCUCUUCAAAAUCUGUGUUGAGGAGCAAAAGUUUGAAUCAUUGUUUGCGGCUUUAUGCUCAGUAAAUGAUGCUAAACACAAUGAUGGUGAUGAAGGCAAAAUUGAGUUCAAUUCUAAGCAUGCAUAUCUUUUGGGUAAAUUGUCAAAAUGUUUGGCCAACCAACCUAAAGAAGUCAGUGUAUCGAACACUUUUGCGCUUGAUAUUUUCAAUGCACAGAAGCAUGCUGCUGAGAUUGUGGAUUUUACUUGCCAAGUCAAAUCUCCUCUUCCAACUGGUCACCCUGGAAUUGAUGUACUUGGAUAUUCAAUGGUGCUCUUAAAGGAUAUAUGUGCUUGGGAAUCCCCUCCAUCGGACACACAAGCUCCUGUUAACUCACUGAUUCAGACUGGUCUUGUAAAGCAUCUUAUAACGUACUUACGUGAACUGGAGCCCCCAAGUAUCAUCAGAAAAUCAAUGGCAAAGGGACAAGGAGAUCAUGGACCAGCCUUAACAACUGCAAAGGUCUGCCCAUACAUUGGUUUCAGGAGGGAUGUAGUCGCUGUGAUUGCUAAUUGCUUACAUAGAAGCAAAAAUGUGCAGGAUGAGGUGAGGCAGCUAGAUGGGAUCAUUUUGCUCUUGCAGCAGUGUGUUGUUGAUGAAGAGAAUCCAUACUUGAGGGAGUGGGGUCUAUUUGCUGUGAAGAACUUGCUUGAUGAAAAUGAGGAAAACCAGAAGGAGGUAUCUGAACUUAAGAUGCAAGAACCUGUUAUAACCCCGGAAAUUGCUGACAUAGGUCUAAGAGUGGAGAUAGACAAGGAAACAGGACAUCCAAAACUGGUUAAUAACUGAUGAGAUUUUCCAUUUUAAUCCUUCAUGUUUGAGGGGAAAGAGGAUACGAGACUCACGUGCCGUGGUUCCUCUCAUUAACGGAAACAAACUAAUGUUGCUUCUGCGCCCCAAUGGUGUUGCUUUUUUCGCUAAGGCAUUGAUCAUGUUAAAUUUGAUGGCGAGCAUUGAGCCACUGGGAUUCAGAUACUUUCACGAAGAAUGAAAUGCUAAUGGCUUUUUUACGUUGUACCGAUUCGGAAACAAUGAUGUCAUGAGAUGUUUACUAUAAGUACUCUUUUCGUAUGCGUCCGUUUAUUAAACAUCGGCGUGUACUGUUAUUUGGUGGCUAUAGUGAUACUGAUAUUCGUUGAUAGCCUUUUGGUAUUUAGAUUUCACUGUGCCUGUCUAAUGUCCACUGAAGUAUCUUGAAGCGAAGCAUGAUGUGCCCAUGUUUGGCUUUCGGCCGCCCUGCUUCGUAUACGUUGGAGCUGCAGCAUGCCAACA